AUGGAUUCAAUCAAUACAAGGGAAGAUGUCCUAAAACUAGGCAUCAUCGACCCCGAACUCGAAGAGACUCUCAAAAGCACCCCCUUCCCAAGAACGUUCAACACACCCUCCAUCGAACAACUCCGCCAAGCAACCUCUACAGCAGAACAAACAAACUACACCACCUCCCCAACACACAACACCCACGAAUCAACCAUCACAAUCCCCAUGCGCGACGGUCACCUCAACGAAAUUCGCCUCAUAAAACAUAAUACCAUUCCCAAAAAUGCACCACUAAUCAUCCUCAUCCACGGCGGCGGAUACAUAAUGGGUACAAACAUGCAAUGUAUACCGUGGGCUCGACCUAUCGCUGCCUUAUACGGAGCGAUAAUCGCACUGCCCUCUUACCGUCUCGCCCCGGAAUAUAAAUUCCCCUUUGCACCGCACGAUAUCUGGGAUAGUUUAUCCUGGUUAGCGAGUAAUGCCUCCUCGCUAGGCGCAGAUUUAAGUGCUGGAUUCGUGAUAGGGGGUUGUUCAGCCGGGGCCGGGUUGGCAAUUGUUACUGCGCAUCGUGCGUUAAGAGAAGCGCUCGGUUCGCCGUUAACUGGGGUUUUGGCUAAUAUCCCGGGAUGUAUUAGUGAGGAGACUUUGCCGGGGAAGUAUAAGGAUCUCUGGGUGUCGCGGGAUCAGAACGCCGAAGCUCUGAUUUUGGAUCGCAAGCUUUUAGGGGUUAUUGAGGAGGCGUAUGGGAUGGAUGUUUACUCUGAGGAUUACUCGCCGUUUAACGACGGUGUGUUGUUUGAGGGGUUACCCAGGACGUAUGUCCAGGUUGCCGGGAUGGAUACUUUGAGGGAUGAUGGGAUUGUUUAUGCGAAGACGUUACGGGAUUAUGGGGUUGAUGUUAAGUUGGAUAUUUAUCCUGGUGUGCCGCAUGGGCAUUUUAAUAUUUGGCCAAAGUUGGGAUUAUCGGUUAAGUCUCAGGUUGAUACUAUUUGGAAUAUUGGGUGGUUGUUGGAUAGGGGGUUGGAGAGGGAGAGGGUGGAGGAGUUGUGGAUUGCGAGCAUGGGGUGA